AUGCCUCCUCCGCUUUUACACCAGCUCCUCGCCGGAUCUCUGCCCGACCACUGCGAACCGACCUCGCCCUUCCUCACCGCGAUCUCCUCACACCUCCACAUCUGCCUCCCCACUCCUCUCGCGCUGAUCUCCUCCGUUCUCGGCUCGUUCAGCAUCGUUUCCUGGCUCUUCGCCCAGCUGCCCCAGAUUUACAAGAACUACCAGCUUCAAUCCACCUCCGGCUUGUCGAUUUUCUUUCUUAUCAUCUGGUGUCUAGGCGAUGCAAGCAACCUGAUCGGGGCCCUCUUCACCCGCCAGGCCGGAUGGCAAGUGGUAGUCGCCAGUUACUACGUCUGCGUUGAUAUCGCCCUCGUCGUUCAGUUCUUCUGGUAUACACACUAUAAACCAAGUCGAUAUAGAGAGUACGAUGAACUCCCACGCUUGCACGAUUCCGCCGAUCCCGCAGCUGGCCUGCGAGAAGGUGUCCAUUUGUCCGGCAACAAUGCCGUGCACCAGUCCCCCGCACCGGUCAACAUGGCCUCCAAGAGAUCCGAGGUCCACGACAUGGGCGUGCAAACCGGCUCAACGCUAAACUCCCCAGCCGGCCGCACACACUCAUACACGAACGAGAAGACCAACUCUCCGCGCCGCUCCGUCCGAGUCGCCAGCAGCGCCUCCAGCCCUCCCUUCGCGCUUCCCCGCACCAUUCUCAUUGCCUCGCUGCUCUGCGCAGUCGUUGCAAACGCAAGUCCUACCCAUGCAAAGUCCGCGCCGCAUCCACCCAUCUCCCACGCCCCAAGCGAAACCGUUCUCGAGAUCGUCGGUCGCAUCUUCUCCUGGAUGUCGACAUUGCUCUACCUCGGUUCGCGCCCACCACAGCUCUUCAAGAACUACCGCCGCAAGAGUACGGAGGGUCUUUCUCCGCUGCUGUUCAUGGCUGCUUUUUGUGGGAAUCUCUUCUACUCUAGCUCUCUGCUGACGAAUCCGAACGCCUGGUCCGAUUUCGAACCCUACGGCGGCGGCGGAUGGGCCGAUGACCAUGGCAACGAUCGUCUGGAAUGGGUUGGACGCUCAAUCCCUUUCUUCCUGGGUGCGUUCGGUGUUCUGUUCCUUGACGGCUUUAUGGGCGUGCAGUUCCUCAUGUAUGGCCCUCGCGACGAUGAGAGCUUUAUUGGCGAAGACGAGGAUCCCAAGCGUGGCCGGAGCAAGUGGCGCCGGGUACAUGGCUGGAUGCGUGGAUGGAUUCCAUCCACAUCGCCGCAGCGCGGAGAGCGUGAGCAUGUUACUGCUGUUAGCUCGCAGGAGGGCCAGGCCCUUCUUGGUAAUGACCGGGGACGAUAUGGUACUGUCUAA